AGGAGCAACAUGCAACUCAUACUUUUGAGUGGUGCUGGAGCGACAAGAAAUCCAAGGUUAUCUGCAAUAAAGCAAGAACUGUUGAGGACUUACUGAAGACAAGUUUACAGUUUAAAGAAAUUGCAGGAAAGAACAAAAACAAAGAGCUUGUUAUUUUAAGAGAAGGGAAUGCUAUCAGUUCACACUUUCCAUGCUGCUUAAUUAAGGAUGAAUGUCUGAUUAUCAAGUACGUUAAAUCUGUAGACAGGCAGGACCAAUCAUUGGGGGAAAAUUGUGACCCCGUUGUUCUGAGGAGAAAGGGGCCAUCUAGCGAGCUUGUGAUGUUUCACGUGCUGACAAAGGGAGGUAAAAAUGUAGCACAAAUCAUGAGAAACCCAGCUAUAGAAUCUGCUUACAGUAUUACUGUUUAUGCAUACAAAGGGGAAAAGGUGAAGCACGCUCUGAAAAGAGACGGCCGUUUACAUAAUACUGUAUUCAGAAAGAACUGUGCGCUCUAUCACAAGAGAACUAAAGUAACCACUGAAAUGUCCACUCUCGCUGAUGAUCUUGAUGGUAAAACUUUCAAGAUCAUUCUGCUUAAUGAGUCUGCUCCACCAGAGAGUCAGCCCGGUAGUCAGGAUGGCGCUUACAUGAUGCAAAAUCAAUCUCCGAGCUCUGAAUCUGACAGAAACCAAGGUCGUCCACAGGAGUCUGCCACAACUGAGUCAGUGAAUAACAACACACCAAAUGAGGAACCAGAAGUAAAUAAUAAGAAGACAGCAGAAAAAAAUUGUGAAAUACCCAAUUCGAAAACCAUGAAGGAUUACCUGUCCUCACAGUUUGAAAGUUUGGUGAAAGGCCUGAAAACCCCACAAUCUAAGUUUUCCCGUAUCCAGAAUUUAUUCCGUGUGGAGUUUGGGAAGAAUGAUCAGGCAUGUGCAGAAGUGAAAACAAUGAAGAAACUGAUGAAACUCUGUGAUUCAGUUUGCCAGGUGAGAGUAAACGGGAGACCAGAAGGGAGUGGCUUUCUCCUGUUUGACAAGUUUGUCCUCACAAAUGGCCAUGUAAUUAAAAUAUAUGAUGAGACUAAAGGGCAGCUUAAUGAGAUGGUCACUGUCCAUUUCUCUUUUGAAAGUCUAGACCAAAUGGAGGGAGGGCAAAAUUCAGGAUCAACAGUGGAAGAGGUCGCUGGCUUUGAGUUCUGUCGUAAUGAGUCAGGGCAAGAGUCUGACUGGGCUUUGUUAAGGCUGGGUGAUGAUCAGGCAUUGCCCGAUGGUCUGUUAGCACACUUUGGAUUCCCUUCCAAGAGUGGUGGGAUUUGCAUUAUUGGGCAUCCUGAUGGUGGUGUGAAAAAAAUAGACCCGUGUUUGAUUGUUCCAACUGAUAACCGCAAACAGGCUGUGGAGAGGCAUUACCUUGAAAACCAAGGACCCGUUCAGUUGGUUACUCGCCGUUUCUUUGAGAGUGUGGCAGAAUCUGUUGAGAAACAGAGACAGGUUCUAACUUAUGAGUCUUGUUUUUAUUUUGGCUCAUCUGGCUCUCCUGUCUUUGACGAGCACUGUAAUGUUGUUGCAAUGCAUACAGGGGGGUAUGCCUACCUCAACGCAAGGAGCCAACACCAGAGUGUGAUAGAGUUUAGUCAUCCUUUGUGUGUCAUUAUUGAACGCUUUAUUGUCCAGUUAGUGGAAAGAGGACGGUUUGAUGUGUUAAAGAAAUACCUCUCUUGCAGAUGUGCGCAACAUCAAAACCUGAUGAGCGAUUUGAAGAAACUGGUCGAGAGCAGAAAUCUUACGGCAUUUAAAAAUGCAGUUACCAAUUCAGAGGUCACAAAUGACGAGAGUUUGAUGACGUUCUUUGGAUUUAUCUCUCAGAAAGAGGAACCUGUCCCAAUGGCCACAGAUUGAGUGUACACAGAUAGUUAUACACACAUAGACUUGUGGAAUAUUCUAAUGGUCAGAGACUCGAUUUAGUAUUUUGCAGAGAAACAAUGUGAAUGUUUUACAAGCACAGAGUAGGUUAAGUAACAGUUUCGUUUUUGAUAGGUGACAUCAUUAACAUGGAGGCUCACAUACUGCUGUGAAAACGGAUUCAAAACGUGAGUUGUGUUUCUUGGGCGACUUUAUAAUGUAAAAUGAAAUAUUGGCAGUAAUUAUAGGACUAGUAGGUUGAGCAAGUUAUGCAAGUGGUAUUCUGUGUCGAUUCAGUUACGGUGUUAUUCAGUAUAAAAUCCAUGAAGUUACUGCUUUUGUUAGCAGUUAGCUGACAAAAGCAGUAUUUUGAGCUUUAAAGUCUUUGUUUUCAUAUAUCAGGAUACUUCUUUCAUUGUUUUGAGAACAUUAUCAGUUUUAGGAUAAAGG